UCGUCGCUACACAUCAUCCCUACCUCGCUAUCCGCAUGUCACGAGCUCGACGCUUUGGAUCAUUUCGGGCGGAUAACUCCGGGUGUAAAAAGAGAGAAGGCGAACGUGAGUCUUUCUCUGACGCUCUUGAAAUGCUACAGUUCUUAGAUAGCACAGCUAAGAACCGUUGUAUUUAGAGGGGUUAUGAACUUUGUACAGGACGUCUGAUUAAGGAAAUUAGUGACAAGUCAUAACAUACAAUGGCACCAGAAAGAUUGACUGAUAUUACUGGAAAUCAGUUAAGAAAUGUCCCGCAGUUUACAUCCAGUUUAUCAAAUGCUUCAGCACCAUUUGCUGCUGCAAGCAAUCAAUCAGGAAAUCCACCACCAAUACCACCUCGUCAACUAGUUCAAAAUUAUUCUGGUUUAAAUGAUUAUAGAACGUAUGGGUCCAACUAUUAUAGUGGAUAUGGAUUUGGAAGUCAAUACAGAGGACCUAGUACUUAUGGUGGAUAUAGUUCAUAUGGUUAUAGUCCAUAUUCGAAUUAUAAUAAUUAUGGAUCUUUUGGUAAUCCUAGCGGUGACGUUGAAAAUAGAUUCUUUCAGUACUUCGAAGAAAGUACUAGACCAACAUUUCAUUUAAUUGAAACAGUACUGCAAACAUUUUCAUCCAUGACAAUGCUUUUGGAAUCAACAUAUUUUACUUUAACAAAUUCGUUUAAGGCAAUUAUAAAUGUUGCGGAAAAUGUUGGAAAGUUACGUUCAACUAUAAGUCAAUUGUUUAAUACUUUUGCUUUGAUUAGAUUUUUAAAAUGGUUAUAUAAGAAAAUUAUAUGCACUGCUGGUUUUCAAAGUGAAAAUUCUCUGAAUGAUGAAUUGUGGGAAAAAUCUAUAGCAAAAAUUGGAAAUGGAAAUGUUAAUAAUUCUUCUUUCUGGUCUGGUCUUUUUCUCUUUAGUGUCUUUUUUUUAAUACCUUAUGUAAUUCAUAAAAUUACAAAUAGUAUUAAAAAUGUGCAAGUAAAAGGUAAGGAUCCAAAAGAUUGGUACCAAUAUGACCAACCAGUAUUUGUUGCAUCAGCAUUGUAUGACUUUACUGCAUCAAAUAGUGAAGAAUUAAGUAUAAGAGUUGGUCAAAAACUUUAUCUUGCACCUCAAGCUCUACAACCUAAAAAUUUGCCAGGAUGGUGCAGAGCUACUGACAAUACAAAUGUUGGCCUCAUUCCUUAUAACCAUAUUAAGGUUAUAGGACAAUUAAAGAAACGGAAGGAAAAUGAAGUAACUUCUUUAACCGAAGAAAAAUCUUCCUCUAAUGACAGUAGUUAUAGAAAUACUAAUGAAAAUUCUGAGAUUUUAAAAACAAAUGAAAAUGUUACAAAUGAUAUGAAGGCACAGUCCAUCUAAAAAAGCUAAUACACAACAUUUUUUGAAGUUGUCAGAUGUAUAUGGAGGUAUGAAACAUACAAUAAUAAGAAAGAAUAAUAAUCUAUAAAAUUCUUAAUUA